GGCCACCCCUGGCAGGAGCCGCACCUCGGACAGCAGCAGCCGCGGCCGCGGGAGGGUCCUUGUGGCGCCCGGCGGUGACGGCGGCGGAGUCCUGCGUGAGAGUGGGACCCGACACCGAGACCGCGGACGGAGGCUCCGCGUGGCCGGACGCGACACUCAGCGACCCGACCCCGGGAUCCUCCGGGGGACAAGCGGCAGAAGAGCGACUCGGGAACAAGUGUGGGAGAGGAAGCGGCGGCGGCGACGCCGGGCCCGGGGGUGGUGACAGCAGGUCUGAGGUGCGCCAUAAAUGCAAAAGACUGAAGUUUUAAAAGAGGACAAAGAGUUUGCUGCUAAGAUGAAUCUGAGCAAUACAGUAUAUUUUGUGCCAUUCACAAAAAGGUACUAAAAACUUACCCCCAAAAUAUUUGUAAAUGAGAGAUAAGGCUGACUGGGAUAUCAAAAGCAAAACAUUUGCAUAUACUGGACAUCAUGCGUAAAGGGGUGCCAAAGGACCCAGAGAUUGCUGAUCUCUUCUACAAAGAUGAUCCUGAAGAACUUUUUAUUGAUUUGCAUGAAAUUGGACAUGGAAGUUUUGGAGCAGUUUAUUUUGCCACAAAUGCUCACACCAAUGAGGUGGUGGCAGUUAAGAAAAUGUCCUACAGUGGGAAGCAGACACAUGAGAAAUGGCAAGAUAUUCUCAAGGAAGUCAAAUUUCUACGACAAUUAAAGCAUCCUAAUACCAUUGAGUAUAAGGGUUGCUACUUGAAAGAGCACACUGCUUGGUUGGUGAUGGAAUAUUGCUUAGGCUCAGCCUCUGAUUUGUUAGAAGUUCACAAAAAACCACUUCAAGAAGUGGAAAUCGCUGCCAUUACUCACGGUGCCUUGCAGGGUCUGGCCUACCUGCAUUCUCAUGCACUGAUUCAUAGGGAUAUUAAAGCAGGAAAUAUUCUUCUAACAGAGCCAGGUCAGGUGAAACUAGCUGAUUUUGGAUCUGCCUCAGUGGCUUCUCCUGCCAACUCCUUUGUGGGCACACCUUACUGGAUGGCUCCAGAGGUGAUCUUAGCUAUGGACGAAGGACAGUAUGAUGGGAAAGUUGAUAUUUGGUCACUUGGAAUCACCUGUAUUGAAUUGGCGGAACGGAAGCCCCCCCUUUUCAACAUGAAUGCAAUGAGUGCCUUAUACCAUAUUGCCCAGAAUGACUCCCCAACGCUACAAUCUAAUGAAUGGACAGACUCCUUUCGGAGAUUUGUUGAUUACUGCUUGCAGAAAAUACCUCAGGAAAGGCCAACGUCAGCGGAGCUAUUACGGCACGAUUUUGUUCGACGAGACCGGCCAAUACGUGUCCUAAUUGACCUCAUACAGAGGACAAAAGAUGCUGUUCGCGAAUUAGAUAACCUACAGUACCGAAAAAUGAAAAAAAUCCUUUUCCAAGAGACGCGAAAUGGACCCUUAAAUGAGUCACAGGAGGAUGAAGAAGACAGCGAACAUGGAACCGGCCUGAUCAGGGAAAUGGACAGCCUGGGCAGCAACCAUUCCAUCCCAAGCGUAUCUGUGAGCACAGGCAGCCAGAGCAGCAGUGUGAACAGCAUGCAGGAGGUCAUGGAUGAGAACAGCUCUGAACCUGUCCUGAUGCACGAUGACGAAAGCACUAUAAAUUCCAGUUCCUCUGUUAUGCCCAAGAAGGAUCAUGUAUUCAUAAGGGAUGAGGCGGGCCACGGCGAUCCCAGGCCUGAGCCGCGGCCUACCCAGUCAGUUCAGAGCCAGGCCCUCCACUACCGGAACAGAGAGCGCUUUGCCACGAUCAAAUCAGCAUCUUUGGUUACACGACAGAUCCAUGAGCAUGAGCAGGAGAACGAGUUGCGGGAACAGAUGUCAGGUUAUAAGCGGAUGCGGCGCCAGCACCAGAAGCAGCUGAUCGCCCUGGAGAACAAGCUGAAGGCUGAGAUGGACGAGCACCGCCUCAAGCUACAGAAGGAGGUGGAGACGCAUGCCAACAACUCGUCCAUCGAGCUGGAGAAGCUGGCCAAGAAGCAAGUGGCUAUCAUAGAGAAGGAGGCAAAGGUAGCUGCAGCAGAUGAAAAGAAGUUCCAGCAACAGAUCUUGGCCCAGCAGAAGAAAGAUUUGACAACUUUCUUAGAAAGUCAGAAGAAGCAAUAUAAGAUUUGUAAGGAAAAAAUAAAAGAGGAGAUGAAUGAGGACCAUAGCACACCCAAGAAAGAAAAGCAAGAGCGGAUAUCCAAGCAUAAAGAGAACUUGCAACACACACAGGCUGAAGAGGAAGCCCACCUUCUCACCCAGCAGAGACUGUACUACGACAAAAACUGUCGUUUCUUCAAGCGGAAAAUAAUGAUCAAGCGGCACGAGGUGGAGCAGCAGAACAUUCGGGAGGAACUAAAUAAAAAGAGGACCCAGAAGGAGAUGGAGCAUGCCAUGCUAAUCCGGCACGACGAGUCCACCCGAGAGCUAGAAUACAGGCAGCUGCACACAUUACAGAAGCUACGCAUGGAUCUGAUCCGUCUACAGCACCAGACUGAACUGGAAAACCAGCUGGAGUACAAUAAGAGGCGAGAAAGGGAACUGCACAGAAAGCAUGUCAUGGAACUUCGGCAACAGCCAAAAAACUUAAAGGCCAUGGAAAUGCAAAUCAAAAAACAGUUUCAGGACACUUGCAAAGUACAGACCAAACAGUAUAAAGCACUCAAGAAUCACCAGUUGGAAGUUACUCCAAAGAAUGAGCACAAAACAAUCUUAAAGACACUGAAAGAUGAGCAGACAAGAAAACUUGCCAUUUUGGCAGAGCAGUAUGAACAGAGUAUAAAUGAAAUGAUGGCCUCUCAAGCGUUACGGCUAGAUGAGGCUCAAGAAGCAGAAUGUCAGGCCUUGAGGCUACAGCUCCAGCAGGAAAUGGAGCUGCUCAAUGCCUACCAGAGCAAAAUCAAGAUGCAAACAGAGGCACAACAUGAACGUGAGCUCCAGAAGCUAGAGCAGAGGGUGUCUCUGCGCAGAGCACAUCUUGAGCAGAAGAUUGAAGAAGAGCUGGCUGCCCUUCAGAAGGAACGCAGCGAGAGAAUAAAGUACCUAUUGGAAAGGCAAGAGCGAGAGAUUGAAACUUUUGACAUGGAGAGCCUCAGAAUGGGAUUUGGGAAUUUGGUUACAUUAGAUUUUCCUAAGGAGGACUAUAGAUGAGAUUAAAUUUUUUUGCCAUUUACAAAAAAAAAGAAAACAGAAAAAAAUUCAGACCCUGCAAAACCACAUUCCCCAUUUUAACGGGCGUUGCUCUCACUCUCUCUCUCUCUUACUCUUACUGACAUCGUGUCGGACUAGUGCCUGUUUAUUCUUACUCCAUCAGGGGCCCCUUCCUCCCCCCGUGUCAACUUUCAGUGCUGGCCAAAACCUGGCCAUCUCUUCUAUUCAUAGUACACGUCACAGUAUUGAUGUGAUUCAAAAUGUUUCAGUGAAAACUUUGGAGACAGUUUUAACAAAACAAUAAACCAACAACAACAACAACAAAAGUGGAUGUAUAUUGCUUUAAGCAAUCACUCAUUACCACCAAUCUGUGAAAGUAAAGCAAAAAAAAUAAUAAUAAUAAAUGCCAAGGGGGAGAGAGACACAAUAUCCGCAGCCUUACACCUUAACUAGCUGCUGCAUUAUUUUAUUUUAUUUUAUUUUUUUGGUAUUUAUUCAUCAGGAAUUAAAAAAAAACAAAGUUUUAUUAAAGAUUGAAAAUUUGAUACAUUUUACAGAAACUAAUUGUGAUGUACAUAUCAGUGGUGACAUAUUAUUACUUUUUUGGGGAUGGGGGGUGGGUGGGGUGAAGAGAUCUUGUGAUUUUUAAGAACCUGCUGGCAAGAGUUUAACUUGUCUUCAGCAUAUUCUGAUUGUAUCAUAAUCAUUUUCUGCUGUUGCAGAGGAUGUGAAUACACUUAAGGAGCUCACAGAAUCCCAGUAGCACAAAUUGGGCUUUGGCAAAUCGUGUAUUUUGUGUAUAGAAGGAAUUUAAGGAGAGGUAUUACUUAUUUUCAUAUUGUAUUUUAACUGUUUCUCUGAUCAAAUUUUUUUACUUCCUCCUAUUCCUCCCCACCUCCCUCCUUUUCCAAUUCAGUAUUUGGAGUUCAACACUGUCUCUCAAUCAGAUCAUCUUGAUCUUUUUCUUUAUUUCCCUUCCCCUCCCUGAGUCCCAUAUCUUGGUCAUAAAUAUUGCAUUAUUCACACUUUCAAACUGUGUAUUUUCUUACAAUAAAAAAUGAUGAAAAAAAAAAGGCUUUACUUCUUUUGCAUGCACUUUAAAAAAACAAAACAAAACAUUUUUCAGGUUCCAAGGAAGAGCAUGAUAACUGUCAGAGCUUUUAAUUAUAUUUGUAAAUAAAAGUGUUCAUCACAUUGCCUUGCUGUGUUAUUGUAGCAGGAAGUUUCCCUUCUAGGUUCACCAGCUCAUAAUUCAGAGGGAGACCUGCCCUCCAGAGACCGUCCUCCCAGCCCUGGGUAUUCCAAGAAGAGCCAUCCGAGAUUUUCAGGUAAAGCUGUGUCUUCCAAGUUCUUCUACAGGGCUGAAGAUAAUGUCCCACUGUUUGAAGUGGUGAACUGCACCUGUUUGCCCUUUAGAAAAUGGCACAUGUGCAUGCGUGCGCGCACACACACACACACACACACACACACCCCAACGUGCCAGUCAGACAUAGGCACAUGCACUGCUGGGAAGUUACACACCCUCACGGAAAAGCAAGCUAUUACAGAGAGAUUAUGGCCAAGUAUUUGAAAUGGUCCCACUGUAACGGUAGAUCCCCCCAUAUUCUGCUUUUAUUAGAAUAAUUUUAUGUGCAUAACAAUGAGGUAGUAAAAUAUAUAACUUCUAAGAUAGGUUUUUGGGGUCAAGACAAUUUCAGUAAGAUCUCCUAUUUUGAGGGUUCUAAGUCUUGGACAUUGAAAAUUUAUCUUUAGCAUGAUGACCUGAAAAUCAUUCCUCUAUCUUACAGAAUGUUCAGUCAUCAUAGACGAAUAGGACCAGUCUUGUUCACUGUGAUAGACUAAAGCAGAAAGAUAUACUCAAAUAUUAUAAAAUAAUAAUCAACAGAAUAAUUAACAAAAUAAUUAUCAAGUUUCCUUUUUUUCUUUAAGAUCUUAUUUAUAUUUUUGAGAGAGCAUGCAAGCACGAGGGGGUGAGAGGCAGAGGGAGAAGCAGGCUCUCCGCUGAGCAGGGAGCCCGACGCAGGGUUUGAUCCCAGGACUCCGGGAUCAUGACCUGAGCCAAAGGCAGACACUUAACUGACUGGGCCACCCAGGCGCCCUUAAUUAUCAAGUUUCCUAAGCAGCUUAGUUCACUGAAGUUUCUAUAUCAGGUACCUCAGAAAAUAACACUGGAACGGGCUGGAAAGAGUACUCACAAUUGUCCACGAAAAACAUAUCACCUGUAUUGCAUGCUUCUGCUUACCAUCUGAUGGAACACUACAUGAAGCAUUUUACAGAUGAGGAAAUAAGCUCAGACCAGGGUAAGUGGUGGCAGUGGAGUCUGAAUCAAGACCUGUCUGAUUUCAGAACCCACACUCCUAAGCAUAGGUCACACGGCCACUCAGAAGGACAUUGAAUCAUCAGUAAGGCAGAAAAACUUCCUAUAAUUUGUUUCAUUUCUCUCUGUAGUGGAAAACAUCUAGCUAGCUUGUGAAAAGGCUUUAUUUCUGUGAGGUUGUAAGUGCUGAUCUUUAGAAAAAAUUUCCCCCUCUACUAGUUUGUCAGUGAUGUGCCCCAAGGUAGAGUGACUAGAAAGGAGGAAUGUGAGUCCUUGCUCCUAACACCUGGUACAGACUGAGUCUUUCAACUCUUAGUACCUGCAUGAGGAAGUAGAAUAGACUGGAACAAGAAUGGCAACAAAAGAACAGCUACAAAAGAGGUACUAAGCAGCCGCCGACACCCUGCAUCCUGUAUUCUUCCAGCACAUACUAAUCUCCCCUGAGUUUAAAAAGGAAAGAACUAUUGCAGGUUUGUCAUAUGUAUUGGUAAGGGCUGCUUAUGUUUGAUUUGUAAAUAUUCACUCAGUGAGUACCUUAUAAGUCCGGUGCAAUGCCAGAUGCUUAAGAUGCAUCCAUAUAUCUUAAAGAGGAAAAUGAUCACACAAUAAUUAUAAACAAUCUCACAUUAUAAAUGAUCUCACAUGGUCAUAAGUGCUAUAAGGAAAGAGGGAAGAGUAAGGAGGUAUCCAAAGUGCCAAGAUCAGCAUACUUUUGCUUUAUUCAUUCAAGAAAUAUUUACUGAGCAUCUACUGUGUGCUAGGGGGUUGUAGCAGUAAAUAGGAUGGAUUGGGUCACUACUCUGCUGAAGCUCAUGGUUUAAAUCUCCACUGAAACAAGUAAAUCAGGGGACUAAGUUAAUCAACAGUAGACAAGCCAUGACAAUGCAAGUGGUGGGUACUACCAGGAGUUUGAAGGAACUGAAACAAUUACAGUCAUAGGAAAUAUCAGAGAACACUUACCAGUGAUCUCUAAUUGAGUAAAAGAAUUUAUUUCUUGAAUUUACCACCAUCUGUAAUUAUUAUGUAUCUGUUGAAAAAGCAUAUUCUGGGGCAUCUGGAAACAUGCCCAUGGAAGAACUCCAUAUCCCUCUCUGAUUCUCUGAUUGUAAUUUAGUAAUGUAUUUUGCCAUAGAAAUGAUGACAUAAAAAAUACAUUUUUAUUCUAGUUUGGCAUAGCAGCAUGUAAGUCUUUCCCACUGAUGACAACUAAAAACUAGACCAAAUGCAAAAGCGACUAUCUGAGGACACUGAAAAAACAAAAGCAGGUGGAUUAUGGAAAAUCCACGUACACAGAGGAAUGAGGUGAAAUAAAAUCAUCCUCAGAUGAAGAAAAAUUAAGAGAAGUUAUUGUCAGAGAACUAUUCUACAAGAAAUGCUAAAGGAAGUUCCUCAUAUUGAAGGGAAAUGAUACCAGAAGGAAACUGAAUCUCUGGGAAUGAAGGAAGAGCAACAAAUGGUAAAUAUCUAGAUAAAUAUAAAAAACUUUUUCCUCUCCUAUAUUCUUUAAAAUAUAUUGAAAUAUAUUUUUCACUGAAAACAAAAAUUAUUAACAUUGUUUGGGGAGGGUUUUGAUGUAUCUAAAUGCAACCCAUAUGACAACUAUAACAAAGGUUGGGGGUUAAAAGACGCAUAUGGUUACCAUGCUUCUACAUUUUACAUGAUGAAUUUACAAUUCUUCUAAGCAGACUAUGAAAAAUUAGUUAUGUAUAUUGUAACUCCUAGAGUAACUAACAAAAACAAAAAGAAAACCCAAAGAGAUGUAAUAGCCAAAAAUCCAAUAGAUAAAUUGGAUAUUCAAAUAAUCCAAAAGAAGGUAGGAAAGGGAAAACAUAUAAAUAAAAAGAAGAGCAAACAGAAAACAUAAAGUGGUAGACCUAAAUCCCACCAUAGAUAAUUACAUUAAUUAAAUAUUACAGACAGAGUGAAUUUUAAAAAAGGACUAUUUGCUGCCUAUAAGAGACAAACUAAAUAUAAAUUUAGGUAAUUCCAAAGUAAAUGAAUGGGGGAAAAAGUGCCAUGCAAAUAGGCAUAAGAGGUCUAUCAACUAAAAUUGACUUCAAGACUAAGAGCAUUAUCAAAGAUAAAAAGACAUUCAUAAUGAGUAAAGGAAUAUCAAGAAGAUAUAAUUUUAAAUGUUUAAAAAAAAUCAAUUACAGGGGUGCCUGGAUGGCUCAGUCCCAACUCUUGUUUUCAGGUCAGGUCAUGAUCUCAGGGUCAUGAGACUGAGCCCCGCAUGGAGCUCUGAGCUCAGCAUAAAGUCUGCUUGAGAUUCUUUCCCUCUCCCUCCACCCUCCACCCUCAAACAGCCCCAGUCUCUAAAAUAAAACCUUUUAAAAAUAAUAAUCUGGGGGUGCCUGGGUGGCUCAGUCACUAAGCGUCUGCCUUCAGCUCAGGUCAUGAUUCCAGGGUCCUGGGAUCAAGCCCCGCAUCGGGCUCCCUGCUCCGCGGAGAGCCUGCUUCUCCCUCUCCCACUCCCCCUGCUUGUGUUCCUGCUCUCGCUAUCUCUCUGUCAAAUAAAUAAAUACAAAUCUUUUAAAAAAUAAAUAAAAAUAAUAAUCUGAAAGAUACAGAUUCCUGAGUGGAGGGGACACCAGACUAAGAUUAGCUUUCUGAUGUUCAUGGUCAUCAGAAUUAGGGAGUUGAUGAAGGGGCUUUAGAGAGCUCUAUAAAAACUCAAGCGUAUGUGAAUUUUUGUAGAAGUAUACAUUUGGGGAACGGGAGAAAGAACUUUUAUGGUAUGGUAUAUGGAUAUAAAGAAGUCCAUACUCCCUAAACUUAAGAACCUCUUUACAAUGAUUCAUUCAGCUGAUGGUCAUUAGAUUUCUUAUGUCCAAUGUGGAGAUAUUGAGCAGGACACUGGUUGUCCUUGCCUUCAAGACUAAUGGAGGAGAUAAACAUUAAACAAAAAAAAUGACCCGAGUUGACAGAUUUUAAAAUUACAAUGGUGGGGCGCCUGGGUGGCUCAGUUGGUUGGGCAACCGCCUUCAGCUCAGGUCAUGAUCCUGCAGUCCUGGGAUCAAGUCCCACAUCGGGCUCCCUGCUCGGCGGGGAGUCUGCUUCUCCCUCUGAUCCUCCCCCUCUCAUGUUCUCUGUCUCCCAUUCUCUCUGAGAUAAAUAAAUAAAACCUUUAAAAAAAAAAAAAUUACAAUGGUAAUGUUACAAUGGAGUGGUACAGGAGAAUCCAGCCUAGUCAGAAUUCCCUGAAGGUCAGUUAAGGGAUAAAGGGUCAAAGAAAGUGGAAGAGGGAGAUUCCAGGCAAUAUCUGUAAAGGACUAGUCUGGCUUGUCAAGGAACUGAGAGGCAGCUGGCAAGUUUGGAGCUUAAUGAGAAGACAACCACAGGAAGCUAGAGGCAGACGGGGGUCACAUCAUAUAGAGCCUCAUAGGCCACUUAAGGAUCUGGUCUACAUCCCAGAGCAACUUAAACAGCUGAUGGGUUUUAAGUGGAUGCUGAGGCUGUUUGACUUAGCACCAAUUUAAGAGCAGAAGUCCUUUGCUCCCUGACCCAGGAGGAGAUAUAGGCCAGGGGCCACCAUGCUUCAGAAUCUGGAUCACCCACUUCACAACUAGGUGCCCUGGGGCAAGUUCCCCUCACCUCUCAAGUUUAAUAGGUGAGAAAGGCUAUCCCCUUGCUUCUAUGCCUCCUAAUAUAUCUUUUCCUAUGUAUUCUUUUCGUGUUAACUUCUUGCAUAUACACUUCACCUUUUUUGGUUGGGUUGACCUUUUUUCUGAACCAUUUUUGAGUCUAUGCCUAUUUUAGACAAGAAAACUAACAUACCACCAUAAUUCCUCAUUGAUUUUUUCAGUCUCUAUGACUGACAGAGUACUGUGGUCAGCAGGUAAGUCUCAAAGAAAACAGGAGUUUAGAGAGGAAAAAAAAAAAAGAGUCAAUGAUUUUAAAUACACAUAAAUAUCAAAUUGUCAAAAUGUUUGAAGUUUGAGAAAACGGCUCAAGGGUAUGGGGAGAAAGAUACUUUCAUAUAGGGCGCCUGGGUGGCUCAGAUGGUUAAGCGUCUGCUUUCGGCUCAGGUCAUGAUCUCAGGGUCCUGGGAUCGAGUCCCGCUUCGGGCUCCCUGCUCCUUGGGAGCCUGCUUCUCCCUCUGCCUCUCUCUCUCUCUGUCUCUCAUGAAUAAAUAAAUAAAAUCUUUAAAAAAAAAAAAAAAGAUACUUUCAUAUACCAUGGACUUGAAUAUAACCAUGUGAUCUUUUGGGAGGCUGGUUUGUCAGUUAUCAGGAUUGAAAACGUAUAUACCCUUUGACCUGAUUAUUUCAAUGCUAGAAAUUUACCCCAGUAAAUUACUUGCAAAAGCACGUACACAUAUAGAAAGACGUUUGCGGAAGCACCGUUUAUAAUAGCAAACAACCAGAAGUAAUCUAAUCACAGUAGGGGACUAGACUGGUUAAUUAUGGAACAUCCAGAAAAUUACAGAACAAAAUAUUUGUUCAAAAUGACGACGUGAAUUGUAGGGGCCCUGUUAACUAAAGAUACACUGCAGAAGGGCACAUUACUUGGGGGAAAACUGCACCACAACGUAUGCUAGAGCGUAUAGGAAGACUGUAAUUUUUAAAGAGAAAAUAUGUAGAUAUAUGUCAGCUGUAUGCUGAUGUGGAUAUUCAUAUUUGUGUCUUCUUUCAAACUGCUGCUGAAGAACCAGGAAGGUGAAGGUGGAAGGCACUUCUUCCUGUGCUGUGUGCCUUGCCUAACCACGGGCAUGUGUUGCUUCUCGCAUUUAAAGAAAACAGGGUAGGGGACUCCUGGGUGGCUCAGUUGGUUAAGCGUCUGCCUUCAGCUCAGGUCAUGAUCCCAGGGUCCUGGGAUCAAGCCCCGCAUCGGGCUCCUUGCUCGGUGGCGAGCCUGCUUCUCCCUCUGUCUGCAGCUCCCCCUGCUUGUGCUCUCCCUCCCUCUCUGACAAAUAAAUAAAACCUUAAAAAAAAAACCAAUAAAGUCAACAGGGUAGGGGGCACCUGGCUGGCUCAGUAGGUAGAACAGGCGAUUCUUGAUCUCAGGGUUGUGAGUUCAAGCCCCAUGCUGGGCGUGGAGCCUACUUAAAAAAAAAUUUGUUAAGAACAAAAUAAAAAAGUUGGUGGGGUAGUUGUUUUCUUUAUAUAACUUUUGUUUUACAAAUUAUUUAAAAACUGAAUUUUAAAACCCUGAAGUUAGAAAAUAAUUACUCUCUACCAUUCCCCCAUAGAGAUUGCACAUAACAACAUUUCCAACAGUGUCUCUGGAGAAGGAACUGCAGUGAAAGGUGGGGGAAAGAGCCAGCCUUGCUUAAUUAGCACCCGGCACAAACCAGGUCAGUGAUGGAAACCUUCAAAUACUUCCUUUCCUUUCUUUUUGGUACAUCAAAGGGUGUGAAAGUACAGUUGACCCUUGAGCAACAGGGCUUUCCACUGCCUGGGUCCACUUACGUGGGGACUUUUCUCAGUACAGGACUGUAAAUGUAUUUUCUCUUCCUUAUAAUUUCCUUAAUGACGUUUUCUUUUCUCUAGCUUAGCUUACUUCAUUGUAAGAAUAUAGCGUAUGAUACAUAUAACACACAAAAUGUGUUAUUUGUUAUCAGUAAGGCUUCCAGUCAACAGUAGGCUCUCUGCAGUUAAGUUUUGGGGGAAUGAAAAGUUAUACACAGAUAUUCGACUGCACAGGGCGGUCGGUGCCCCUAAUCCCCACGCUGUUCAAGGAUCAACUCUAAUCUCCCCCACCCACCCUUCUGCCUUUUGGGUGCAGAUUCUAUAUGGAUCACAAGUCAGAACAGUGAAAGGUAUAGCCUAGUUCUAAGUCACUGUUAACAACACCAAGGGGGAAGGUUUCCCACUGGUUUCACUCUCAGGUGAAAAAGGACCACUUGUGAAAAGCAAAGGUACUUUUUGGGCCAAAAGGAGUUGGCCUAAAAUUUUUUCAUUUUUUUUUUCAAACCUUCAAGUUGGAACGGUCACUCCUGCUGUAGUUUGAUGGCACACGUGUCCAAGCGUGGAUCCUCUGAAUGGUCCCUGAAUCAAGUCCCAGUCGUCACUGCUGGUCAGGGAAAGGGGCUACUCACCCUUCAAGGUAGUCCCUUGACUCCCCACAUUUAUGAAGCCCCCUACCCCCAAAACGGCAAAAUAUCUGGAGACCUGGUUCAGCCACACAAUGUUUUUAUUUUAAUUCAACUAUAAGCAAACAGCAGAAUUAACACAACGUUCCGCAACUCCAGAUCGGCUUUUCUACAGACGAAGAGUGACCAGUUCAACUGGCACAGACUUAGGGAUUUCUGACUACCCCUCACCCAGCCCUGCAGCUCAUCUAGAUGGCCGUGUCUUAACUGCAAAGCCACUCUCCCUAUUGCUUUUUCCAGUACUGCUCUUCAAAGGAGCCAGAGUAGGACACUGACCCCUAGUAAACAGUCCGAAAUGUACCAUGUUGGGGGUUAACGGACACGCCAACCUCUGGCUCUCUUGGUGAGAGACAGGGUCAUGAAAACAUGACCCAGAAGUGCCCUCAUGCACAGUUCCAGACUCAGGCUCACAAAGGCAGAGGCAAUCUUUUUUUUUUUUUUUAAUCUCCCUUAAAGAUUCUUUGACGCUCUGCUCUAUUACUAUAGACCUGGUCUUUUUACCUGAAUUUUUAUUUCUUUAAAUUCUGGGUUGCUAUUCUUAUAUUAACAAUUUGAUGACCCCAACACAG